CAGAGCGGAGGUACAACCUGUGCUAUGUUGCAUAGCAUACUCUCACUUCUAGCGAAGUUCUAAAAUGCCCACCAUAUGGCUGGCAGGUGUUAUCGUGAGGGAUCUUCAGUGUAGACAUGCAGUGCUUGAGGCUCCGCUUUUAUGGGAUUAUUCAGCACUAUACUCUGGCUCCUGUUUGUCUGCGUUAAAUCAGCCAGGGUGUCAGCCAGUCCCUUUCAUCUGCCCUUUCAUUGCCAGGAUCUGCCUGCGGUGCCCAGUGUGUGACGAGAGCUGGGAGCAGUAUGGCAACACCAUUGAGUAGGAAUCCCAUUGGCAACAAACUUGUACGGACACUAAGGGUAACAGAUGAUAUGAACACAUUUUUGUGGCACCCUCAACCCACAAGAGGGCAGUACUGUGCCAACCACCACCCUUACAAUGUGCCACCCAUUCUCCUUACCCCUACCACCCUCUCUCAUCUGGUGCCAGUCCUUGCCCUCACCUGGUGCCACUCAAAGCUCCCACAGUCAGCCACAGGGGGGCACCAACACCCACUCACCCUGACCCUUUGAUGUCACCCAUUGACCUGGGGCAGUCCAGCACUUCCCUCAUUCACCAGACUGUCCCUCUGACUUACUGUAGGCUUUAGCGUCUCCCCUGCACCUGCCUCCUGACUAUACUUGAAGGCUGAAUCAGCCCCAGGUGGAGUUGCCAUGUGGUUGUACCGUAGGGGCAGACUCCUGCUUCUCUUGGCUCUCUCUGUCCUGGCAUUAGAUAUUUAUUUCCACCUGUGGCCGAAGCUGCUGCUGAGGAUCAGUCGGGAUUGUGAGUGCCCUGGACCACCACUAAGAGAGGCGGUUGUUUCCCUAGCAACCGGGGCUUCUGUUGCUCCUACUUCCACUGUGCCAGGACCCCCAAAGCUGCAAAAACUAUUCGCUCACCCUCUGUACCAGCCCCAGGACCCCCAUACUCCUGUCCCCCAGAACCUGCUGCUUAACUAUCACAGAGCCACAGGGAGCUACAAGAAGAGGGUCGUCCACUUCAACCGGAAGCGUCAAGCACUCCAUACUUCUCAGAAUAGCUCCGCCCCACUGACAGAGGCAGUGUUUAAUCUCAGCGCCCCCUGGUUGCAGUUCCACCUGGAGAUCAGCCGAGAUGCUCUGUACCCUCGAUCCAGCAGAACUGUGGAGAGACUCAUUGAUUGGAUGGGAAACGUGACUGUUAUUAGCGCCGAUCUCAGCCCAGACGAGAAGGCGUUAAAUGGGGAGUGUGAUUGCAGCCAAGUUGUGAAGCCAAGUGGAACCCACCUGAAAGUGAUCCUACAGUUCCUAGACUUUGGGAAAGCCAUGUUAAAGCCAAUGAGGCAGAGACGAGAAGCAGAAACCCCAGAAGACUUUUUUUAUUUUGUGGAUUAUCAACGACACAAUGCAGAGAUUGCAGCUUUCCAUCUGGAUAGGAUCCUUGAUUUUCGCCGUGUUCCGCCAGUGGCUGGCCGACUUGUGAACCUCACCAGUGAGAUUCUGGAAGUGACCCCAAAUGAGGACCUGGAAUGGGUAUUCUUUGUUUCACCAGCCAACAACACAUGUUUCUUUGCCAAGUGCCCAUAUACAUGUAAAACGGAGUACGCUGUGUGCGGCAACCCCCACCUGCUAGAGGGAUCACUCUCUGCCUACCUGCCAUCCCUUAGCCAUGCCCCCCGACUUUCUGUCCCAAACCCCUGGAUACGAUCUUACACCUUUGCUGGGAAGGAAGAAUGGGAAGUGAAUCCUUCCUAUUGUGAUCAGGUGAAGCAGACUGAGCCUUACACCAACAUGAAGAGGCUUCUGAACAUGAUGGAUCUGGCCAUGUUUGACUUCCUUAUUGGAAAUAUGGACCGCCACCAUUAUGAAGUAUUCACCAAAUUCGGAGAUGAUGGUUUUCUGCUCCACCAUGACAACGCUAGAGGGUUUGGACGCCAUUCUCACGAUGAAAUAACGAUCUUGGCCCCUGUGUACCAGUGCUGCCUGGUGAAGGAAGACACAUGGUUACGGCUCAAACUUCUCUCCACGCCAGAGUACAGACUGAGUGAUGUAAUGAGGGAGUCUCUGAGCCAAGACCGACUACAGACCGUACUAACGGAACCGCACUUGUUGGCUUUGGACAGGAGGCUGCAGACUGUGCUGCAAGUGGUGGAGGAGUGUGUGCAGAAGCAUGGAAAUGGGUCUGUGAUAAUUAAAGAAAGCAGGAGCCAAGCAGUACCCACACGUGUCCAGCAGAGAGCAGUAUAGAGCCAGAGAUGUUUCCAUGUUUAUGGAUUGUACCAGCAGAAGGGGCCUUGUGCCCUUGUACUAAAUUCCUUCUUUAUUUUGAAAACCGCAUCUGGGAAAAUGAUCUCUAGUCGUGCCAGCCUUUUGCUACAUGUAGGUAUCAGCCAGACCAAACACACUUUCUGGGCCCAUCUAUUCUCUGUAGCAGCAGCUCUGGGGCAGAGACUUCAAUAUGAAAAACUUUUCAGCAAAAUUUGUCACAUUCUGUGUUCUCAUUAUCAACACAAUGGAUUUUUUUUUUUUUAUUUAAAAGGUAACAAAAUCGCCAGUUCCUGAAUGAUUUAGCCAAGUCUGCAUGUGCUUUAAGGACUGGCAAAGGAAACUGUAAAUGUAGGAACAUUGCUUCUACCCAGAAUUCCUGCUGUUUUGCAUAGAAAGAAGGUGGAGUUUUGUCCAAUAAUUGUGCACUCCCUGUUAUUAACCCUUUCACUGCCAGCCAAUUUGGUCAUUUGCAAACUUUUAUUGCCAGACAGUUUUUGAACAUUUUAUGCUCUUUCACUGAGGGGACUUUCGGUUUACCCAGGAAAACGUUUUUUUUUUUUUCUUCAAUCUAAGCUAGAAUUUUGGUGUAACUUCUGUAACAGGGUAUAAGCUUCUAAAUGUCAAAAAAUAAAAUAUAUAUUUUCCCAUAAUA